AAGGGCCAACAGUACAAUAUGCAAAGUGAUGGGUUCAAGAGAGCAUGGGCGAAAGCCUUAAGAUCCAUGGAAUGGGGCGCGCCUGUCUGUGCGGAUAUUUGUGCACGGGGACAAUUAGCCGAAGGGGACGUGAAAGGUGUGGAUGCCAAAACUGCACAAACACUGGUUUCCGAUGAAGAAAUUAUUGAUGCAUAUGCUAAAGGCGAAGAGGAAUUUGGCAUUUACUGUUUAAAAUGUGUCGGUUACGAUAUCACAUGGCAAAAGUACCUGCAUAAAACAUAUCCUAUACAUCUCGCAAUACAAGCGGCGAAGAAAACGAAGAAGGCUCCUGCAAAGAAGGCAUCUUUUCUCGGCGUCUCAGAUCGCACAUCCGUCGGCGCAAAAGCGCAAAUCGCAAAGUAGCUCCUCAUCGACGAAGACGAACACACGUAAGAGAGCUAAGG